AUGCCUCUGAUAGUGAUGUGCGGAAUACCAAUGAGUGGUAAAACACAUGCAACCAAUCGAUUGAUACACUAUUUUGAAGACAAACACCAAUUGAAGGCAAUUGUGAUCCGUUUUGACACCAACUCUGUGGACACCAAACCCGAUGUCUUGUACACCGACUCCAAGACUGAGAGACAGAUGAGGGGUUGGCUUAAGUCGGAGGCGGAGAGGCAUCUGAUUGGUGACAAUUUGGUGAUAUUGGACGCAAACAAUUACAUCAAAGGCUUUCGGUAUGAAUUGUACUGCACUUCCAAAGAGCGGAAGACAACUCAUUGUGUGGUAGAAGUGGUCACUAAUGAAGACACGGCGUGGAAGAGAGCCGAUUCAACCCAAGACACCGACACUUAUGACAAACAAACUUUUGACGCUUUAGUGCAACGCUAUGAACGGCCGCAACCGACCAAUCGCUGGGAUUCACCACAUUUUGUCAUCGAUGGCGCUUCAGAUGACAUACCUUUUGAUGACAUAAUGGCAGCGCUUUAUCAACGAAAAGCUCCGAAACCUAAUUUGUCGACACAAUCGCCGGCUUUGAGUUCUACUAAUUGUUUGUAUGAAUUGGACUCAAAGACACAGCAAGUGGUCAGAGAUGUCCACAACUGUAUACAAAGCGGACAAUUGAAGAAUAUUGUGAUUCCGGACUCAAGACAAGCAUUAAAUUUGAAUAAAAGUCUUUCUGUGGCCGAACUCAACAAAAUGAGGCGUCUAUUCAUUAAUUAUAGUAAAACUCAUCCAAUUUGUGACAAUCAAUUGAUUUCCACUCUUUUCGUUCAAUUCAUUAAUAAAAGCGUUUAA